GGGCGGGGGCGGUGAGAGAGCAGGUUCAGAGCUGAUGUUCCCCGGCUCCCGGGCGUCCUCAGCGGGGCGACCUGUGGGCUGGCUGCUGUGCGGACUCUGCCUUCCAGAAAAUCCGGUCGCUCUGUUCCUCUGGCUCUGCCGGGCCCCCGCCCUCUGCGUUCCGGUGCCCCCGACCCUUCUUCCUAGGCGGUGGGAUGGUCUGUGCCUUUCGAGUCAGCGGAAGAUCCUGCCUGGCCUGUAUAUCGGCAACUUCAAAGAUGCCAGAGAUGCAGAGCAGCUGAGCAGAAACAAGGUGACACACAUUUUGUCUGUGCACGACAGCGCCAGGCCGAUGUUGGAGGGGGUUAAAUACCUGUGCAUUCCAGCAGCGGAUUCACCAUCUCAAAACCUGACAAGACAUUUCAGAGAAAGUAUUAAAUUCAUCCACGAGUGCCGGCUCGGGGGCGAGGGCUGCCUCGUACACUGCCUGGCUGGCGUCUCCCGAAGUGUGACCCUGGUGGUCGCGUACAUCAUGACGGUCACCGACUUCGGCUGGGAAGACGCCCUCCACACCGUGCGUGCAGGGAGGUCCUGCGCCAACCCCAACCUGGGCUUCCAGAGGCAGCUCCAGGAGUUCGAGAAGCACCAAGUCCACCAGUUCCGGCAGUGGCUGAGGGAGGAGUAUGGAGAGGACCCUUUGCGGGACGCAGAAGCAGCCAGAAGCAUCCUGGCCACCUCGGGGAUUCUGAAGUCCUGGGCCUUUCUCUGAAGACUGUAAUGUUCCUGACGUUUCUGAAAUGUUGCAGAGCCACAGAGUUUAGGCUGGUGCUGCCAGGAAGAAAAGCAACCCAGAGUUUAAGUGUCCAGAAGUGGUUUGUGAACCUGCCUGUUUUCCUCUCAAACCGGUACAGCAUGUCGCCAGCCACGUGCCGUCUCUGGCAAAAGAGACCUGUCUUCACCUGGUGCCACUGCUGUGGCUCCCUGUUUGCCCUGAGCCCCGCUGCCCAGGCCGUCUCCGCGGCCUGCCGUGCCCCCUCUGCUCCUGGAGCGCGGCUCCCGGGCUGUGUUCCAUCCCUGGUUUUGUUCCCCGUGUGGCCUUGGCGCCCACACGUGUUUCUGUUGGUGAAGGCAGCCCUCCACGUUGAGCCCCGCCGCCCGCCUUCCUCCUCAGCCGGGUGGGGACCCCACGCCACCAGGCCGUUGGGGGCUGCUUUCCAGAGGGUGGGGUGGUGACCUGCUUCCCUGUGGGAGAACGUGGGUCCCCGUGGGCCGGGGUCCCGGGGGAUGCGGCGUCCAGUGCCUUCUCCUGAUUCCGUGUUCAGCUUCGAUUUGAAGGACGCUAACUGGUGUGAAGAGCAGUUGAAGUCAAUUUCUCAACUUUUUCUCGUCUCAGUCCAGCAGGGGAGAAGGAAACCUAACUUUUACUUAAAGGAUAGGUUUGGCUUGAGCUCAGGGAGCUGACAGGGUGGGCUCAUUGGCGGAGGUGUGUGCUUGGCCUGUGUUCUGAGUCGGGGCGGGGGCGGGGCGAUGAGUUGGGUGAAGAGGACCCCUCGUGCCCAGCAGCCCCUGGCCGGUGUGGGAUGACAGUUCAGAUCCAUUUGGAGCAUUAAAAUGCUUGUUCUGACUCAACAGGCCCGCCUGGGUGAAGCAUGGGUAAUCCAGGUGUAGGUGCUGGACCUGGAAGCCCUGAGAUGCCCCCCAGUCCCCUCCUGUGAAGAUCGGACUUGAGCAGCAGCCCAGCCCAGGGCGAGCCUUGGAAGACCCCUGGGCAGCACACAGGCCCCUCGCCAGGUGGCUGUCCGGUGCUCUGCAGGCCACAGGCCGUCCCCCGCAGCGGUGUAGGCCGGAGAGAAGAUGGUAUUUCAUUCACCUGAGGCUCAGAGAGCCCAGGAAACAUACCAGAAACUAAAGAUGUUAGCGAUGCUUUGCUUGAACCUGGGUUUUCUGGUCCCAAAUCAGUGGGCAGGGUGAGAGGGAGGGCCCGGGUGCCCCAGGCUCUGCACGCAGAGGCUUUGAGGCCCCAGCGCCAGGGCCUCUGGGGAAGGGCCAGCACCACUGCAGCGUGCGUGGCCGUGAAGCUGGAGCCUCUGUUUGCCUGUUUCCCCCGCGCUCUCUCUGGGGGUGAUUUUGGGCCACUGUGGGGUGGUGGUCAGUUCCUGUGACCAGACCAGGUGUCCGGGUCUCGUGGAGAUGGGGACGGUGGACUCCCCCAGCCCCGAGGGCCCUCCUUGUCGGGUAAGGGGGCCGUGGCUCCGGGCAGUUCUCUCAGGCUGCCUCUUCUGUGGUUUUCUUCGAACGCCGGUCCGCCCAGCCCAGGUCCACCGUGAGGGAGGCCUGCCCUGCCUCCGUCAUCCAGCCCCUUGUUGGUUCGCUUGACGAAGGCUCGUUCGUCCCAGCAGGUGCUGUGGGACUCAGGCAGGACACACAGACCCACCCCUGGUUCUCAGAAGACUGGCUUGGUGGGGGGUGGCAGCGAGGAAAACUGGCAGUUGCAGAGCAGGCUGCGAGCACCAGGCAGGUGCUCCUGUGCCGUGUGGGGAAGGGAGACACCUUUCCAGGUUGGGGGAGGGAGAUCGUGUUCGGGAAGGCACCUCAGAGAAGGUGGUACUGAACUGGAGGCCUGAAGAUGGGUGCUGAGCAAUCAGCACUAUGGGCAGAGGGGAGUCCAGGCAGAGGCCUGCACGAUCGCUUUGUGUGACAGGAACCGGUGCUGGGGGGCAGUGAUGGGAGCUACAGACACAGGCAGAGGCCCAGGCGUCCACUGUCCACUUGGUGCUGCUGUCCAGUGACUGGUGACUCCUCACACCUGCCUUGAAGCUGACCAGCUCAGAGGUCUGGUCCCGAGCAUGCAGCCUUGUGAGCAGCCGGUCUGCGGACCGGAGGGGGCUCCUGAAUGUGCUGGGCGCACUGGCACAGUGGCAGGUGUGCAGGGGGGAGUGGGGGUCCAUGAGGGGCUGGUCAGGAGGCCAUGACCACGGCCGUCCAGGUGACAAACGGGGGCCUGGAAGGGGACUGUGGUGUGGAGGCGAAGGGGCUGAGGAGGCUGGGGGAGGAGGGGUGCUCCUGGUGCGGCUCUCCCGAGUCUGGUCUCCCCCGCCGUGGCAGGGUGUGGGCUCUGCCCUGUCCAGGGGGGACUGAAGGGUGCUGCCGGCCCAAGGCCCCCACAGGUGCACCCCUGGUGGGACCCUGCUUUGCACAUAAGGUGCUCAGGUCUGUCCUCACACCCAUGACCGACUUCCAGGAAGCAGACUUGUGACACUUAAUGUUCAAUUCAAAUGUCCAGUUUCUUACUUUAUUGGGAAAGAUAAAAUAUUUGCUUUGUGAAGACUAACUUUAUCCCCUAACCAGGCUGUCUGUCUCUCAUUAUCAAGAUUUUUGGAAACCAGCAGAUGUACACCGUGACGUACACAAUGUUGUAUGUCAGUUAUGUCUCAAUAAAGCUGAAGAAAAAAGGGAAAGCAUGUUUAGUCCUGAGACGCUGCCCUGUGCUACGGACGUGGGGCUGACACCUGGGGUGCGGUGUCCUGACAGGCGUGUCCCGAGAGGUGUGGGCCACGUGCCACCUGGCACACGUCUGCAGCCUCAGUCCCUCCUGAAGUCCCUGUGCUGGUCCUCACAGGCAGCCUCCCCCUGCCCGGCAGCUUCUGACUCAACUCCGUUUCUCAGAGCACCUUUGUUAACCUUUGGCUUCUCUGGGUCUGGUUCCCGCUGGUGGCUUUUUUGUGUAAAAGGUGCUGGUUCCUUCCAGCUUCUGUCUCAGCAGGAAACCCCACACCUGACUUCUGGGGCCGCUUCCUGCUGCUGGUGCACGGAGACAGCCUGCUAGUUGGUGUGCCUGUGUGCGUGUGUGUGUGCGCACGCGCACACACACAUGCACAGCUGUCUUUUGUUGCUUGUUCAUUUUAUUUUGGAGAAAUCCUUAGCCUUUGAGGAAUCCUGUGAGCCCAGGUUCCUUAGACGGCGUGGCCAGGGAGCCCAGGAAAGGCAGAGCUGGUCACCACGGGCUGCCCUGCAGCUAGCACCUAGUCCUGGAAACGGGGAACACACACAGAGACUCAGCAUCCUGUGAUCCCACACUGGAUGACCCCUCCCAUCCUGACUCUGAGUUAUUAAUAAUUUUAUCAAGAAUGUGCUUUCAACACGCUUGUAUUUACAGACGUACUUAACAAGAAAUCACCAAGACUUCAGAGGGAAGUUCCUCUUCCCUUUCCUUUUUAUGGCCCAGAGACAAGGAGAAACGGAGAAAAAAAAAUGCCUUUGACUUGUGCUGGAGGCUUGAGAACGUCCACUGUCCCUUCUGAGGGUCUGCUGGGGCCUCCUUAGGCCCCGGGCCCACCAGCUGUCAGAUGCUUGACUGCGGGGACACCGGCCGCAUUUCACCCGGACCCUUGGCUUUCUUGCUUUCCUCCCAGUGAGAUUUUGAGAACUGUGGCUGCAACGGCGGGACGUGCUUAUUUCAGCCAGUGUCAGAGUCAGUGUUCUGGUUGCAGCGUGGCCUCAGCCACGUCGGGCAGCAGUGGGUUAGAGGCUGCAGUGCUGGUCGGGGCCGUCCGCCGGGGGAAGAGUCGCAGUCCAGGCUGAACACCUGCAAGCCUGGGCUGCGUCGGCUCUGGACACAUUGUGGGUCAGAAGAGUUAGCAGUAGGCAGUUCACUUUCCUGGAGCCUUGGGUUCGGCUGUGAGUGAUCUAAAGGGCUCUCUUGUAACUGGAAGCCCAGGGCCGCCCGUGUUCUGAUCCAGGUGGUCUGGCUGCAUGUGUGGGGGCAGGUUUGGUAGGGGAGAUGGGAUGGGAUUGGACCAAGGCCUGUCUGGGAAGGCUGUGGGGGUAGAGGGGACUGAUUCUGGGGGUGAACAAUUCCUUCUAGUUUGGGACAGUUUUUGGAAACAGUGCUGAUCACGCCAAGGGCAUUUCCCAGCUCGACCCAGGGAGGCUCACAGCUCACGGGGGCUCAGCGCCCAGCCUCUGGGACGCACACGCAUGACAAGUGGCACGUGUGAUGGAACACUGAUGUGUGUGGGCCCCCCCCAGAGUCCGCUCACCUCAGACGUGGCCAGACCGGCACAAACAGGAGCCGUGCUCUCUGGUGAGCGGGCCUGCCUCUCAGUCGGCUCUGGGUUUCCCCAAGGCACCAAUGGGGAGACUCUUGGAAAAUAAAAAUCAAAAGGCCUCCGUGUGUGCACCAGAGAAAUGUCAUCUUCUGCUUUGCAAAGGGUGUGCCCUUCACAGCGAGAGGCCACGGGGUGCAGAGCUUCCUCAGAAGGGAGUCUGCAGAGCCUUGCCAUGUACUGGGCCAGAUGGUCAGUCCUCCUCGGUCUGUGUGAAGCCACGCUGAUGUGGUGGUAGGAGGUGUGAGGCAGGACCAGUGCUCCCUGUCCGCAGAGGCCCUUGUGAACCUCCAGAGGCCAGGUGCAUCUCGGGGCUUGCAGCAGUGGCUGCCUCUCUCCUGCCUCGAUACUCACAGUCGCGCAGCACAGGGGCCUGUGCUCUGCCCUGCCGCGCCCUUCCCGAAUCUCCCGCCCGCCGGGAGCUCAGCGGUGCCGGUCCUGAUGCGCAGGUCAGGGCAGAGGUGACCAGGCAGCCUGGCUGCGGUCCGCUUUGAUCCCAGUUCUCUGGAAUACCUUGGGGAAGUCCCCAAGAAGGCAGCCCACUCAUGUGGGGAACUUCUCUGGACCGGCGUGGAAGAAACCCCCUAGAGGGGUGAGCAGAGCUGGACGGUGCCCCCCGGGAGCUCGGUGCUGCGGCCGCAGCCCACCUCACGGCUGCCCGGGUGUCGCCGUGUGGCCUAGGAAGGCCCUUCUGCCCCCGGCUAGGUGACAAGACGGUCAGCCUGAGGAAGGUCAGCUGUCACUGAGCGCUCAGAGUGUGACAUUUCCUUGAAACCACAUCCUUUCGACAACUCAUGGGAUAAGUUUUACUGUUAUCCCCAGUUUCCAGACAAAGAAACCAAAUUCUUGAGAACUUGAGUGUUGCCUGGUCUCAGGCCAGAAAGUGGCCGAUGAGGCCUGGAGUCCAGGCAGCCUGGCCCAGCCGCACCAGGCCACCGCUCCCUUCAAAAUGCCAGCACGCCUGGAGGGGCCGUGCUGGGGCUCUCUCCUGAAGGUCAGGGGCCUCGUGGGGAGGCCAGGGAGGGACACAGGCUGGCACGAGGAAAAGCUGUUUCUUCUUUCCGCCGGAGCCCCGAGCGUGGCCCCUGUGCCUGCCUUCUGCCUCCAGUGGCGGGCCUGACUUAGCCUGGAGAGGUGGACAGGGUCCCAGGGCCCGGGAGGCCUCUGCAGGAACACAGAUUGGCCCUGCCCGGGGGGCUUGGAACCCGCACCCUAAGCAGUGGGGCUCUGCCCUUGAUGCCCCGUGGAUGAAUGCAUUCAGGAGAUCCAGUGGGGUUUUUGCAAGAAGCUCAGGGAUUUGCUGUUGUUCAGCUCAGAUCACUCAGUGGAGACCCUCGUCGAAGACAGAGGUGAGGGAGGCAACGUGGACAUUGGAGCAGAGGCGGUGACCUCCUUCCGACCCCUGGGGCUGACGGCAGGUCGGGGAGACAGGGUUACAGAGCCUGCUGAGGACUGGGGUGCAGGGCCCAGCAGGAUUUGGGCAGGGCGGGAGGCCACGUCGGGGAGGAGUUCCCACUCUGUGUCCUGUCCUGUCCACCCAAACCGAUGCAGAGCCGGCCAGCGGGGAGUUCUGCGCACUGUGGGCUGUGGGGGGCACAGCAGCGUGUCCCCCUCCUACAGGUAGCCCUGACCCUCAGCACUGGGGGGCGGACACGGAGUGAUAGGAUGGAGGAAGUGCCACCGCUUCCAAGAAGCAGCUGGGUAUCGGCGCCAGUGCCGCAGCUGGUCUGAGAGGCAGCCUGGGUUCUCCUACACGCUCUGUGCCAAAAGCAGGCUAUUAGGAGCUUGGCCUGUGACUCACCGCUUUCAUCUUUAAAAAGCAACCUAGAAGCAUCCAUGCCUGCCCGUGUGCCCCUGAUCUGUACUUUCCCGUGGCCUCUCCAGAGAGAAGACACCCUCCAAGGGACGGCUGUCGGGGUCAGGUGGCAUCUGACUUCUGCUGUGAACCAUGCCCGUCCGUGAAGGGGAGGAGAGCUCGCACCUGUCACCCCAGGGUCCCCAGGGCUGCCCAGAGGGAGCGGAGGAGUUAGCCUUGGCAGCCCUGUCUUCAAAGACUGUUGAAUUGAGGGGAGAAGGCAGUCAAUCUGGAGUGCUCUGUGCCCAGAUGCUGCACAUGGAAGCACCAGCACAGGCCAAGAAGACCACUGCCUGGUGGAGAGUGUGCUGGGGGUGGGGCCGAGGUGGGAGCUUGCGGCACGUUGGCGGUUGGGGGGGAGGCGGAGGUGCAGGCAGGAUGGGUGCACUGGUUAGGAGGGAAAGGCAGCGGCAGCCAAGGCCGGGCCUGGUGAUGACAGGUCAUGCAGGGUGGGCUACAGGCAGGAGGCAGAGCUGGGGGGACAGGCACCCCAGCCCAGGUGGACAGCCCACAGGAGCCCCCAAAGACAACCUGCCAAGCGAGGUGCCUGACAACGUGUUUCGUUGUCACCUUGAAGAAGUGGCAGGUGGUGCCGGCUCGAGUUCUCAGAGGCAGAAACAGUCAAGGCGUGAAGAUCGUUGGUGGUCACACCUGUGAGAGGGGGGAAGCAGGCUCACGGGGCAGAGGGGCUACCUGCUCCCAGCCACAGGGCCCUGGGGGGCGGCUGGGCGCCCCAGAAGUGCGGCCAGUGGUGCUCACCGCGCUCACGGGAUCUGCAGGGUGACCAGGUGCUGAAGUGCGACCCUGCAGAGGUGCUUCUGCACAAACGUGCCACCUGCAGGACCAGCCCCCCAGUGCUGGGGCUUCCGGGCGCUGGGUCGCUGGGUGCCCCUCAAGACCUGACGUACCCCUUCCCCCGGGCGCAGCCCCAGGACUUGGGGGAGGCCUGCUCUCCUCACAGGGGUCCGCCGCUCCCUGUGCAGGAGAUGCGGAGACACACUGGCCACAGAGCAUUUAUUCAAGAUUAUUUUCAGUGAUACACAACUGAGAGUCAGUCUGCUUUUGACCACCACCAAGAGCCAGCCACCCUGAACCGUUUCAGUGCUGAAGUACACCGCACCCAAAUUCUUCUGUAGGUCUAAGUUCUAUAUGAGUCUAAGGCUGUGCCUGCUGUAGUGUUUUGAUAAAUAACGCCAGCUUCAUACGUGCAGGCUUUUAUUACACAGCCUUUAGUCAGCAGCGUAUCCUCCACGGACGUGAAUGUGGAGAACUCCCGCUUAGCAGCAGCGCUGGCGGGAGGGGAUCCGCCCUCUUUGUUCUGUCUUCGUCUUCCAAGUUCCGAAGGUUUGCCGCACCAGCCCCGUGGGGAAGUUUGGCCUCCAGCCUGUAGAGUAGAUUCAGAACAGCCAAGGAGGGGACCGCCAGCGACUUCAGCCUGGCUCCUGCGUGACCACGUGCGGCCACUUGAACAUUUACUUGCCUUGACAAGCUGUUGGCUGCACAGACGUUUGAGAGCCACCAGAAUUGGUCCCAAAGAAGCACAGACAUGCUAUUUGUGGAAUCUGAAGAGAAAUGGGGUUUCUAUGAACCUCUCCCAAUCUUACCCUUCUGUUUAAUAGUUUUCCUAUUUGUGUGUCUGUUGCUUAACAUGAGAGGAAAUUUUCAAAAUUGAAGCCAAAUUGGUCUAUGAUCAAUGAUGAAUGAAGGUAGACUGGCAAGUCUGACAUAAAGAGAAGUUCAGUUUCCUAGUCGGCUGUGAAAAAGAAAGAAGUCACGCCAUUUGCAGCACCAUGGAUAGACCUGGAGAUCGUCACUCUACGUGAAGUCAGCCAGAAAGAGAAAGAAAAAUGCCACAUGAUAUCACUCAUAUGUGGAACCUAAAAAAGAAAACCGAAGACACUGAUGAACCAACUUACAAGACAGAAACAAACUCUCAGAGAGAGCAGUCUUUCGGUGACCCGAGAGGGAAGAGCAGUGGGCAGGGGUAAGCGGGGAAUCUGAGGUUUGCAGACACCAACUGCUGUCCAUAAAGUAGGUAAACAGCAAACGGCUUCGUGCAGCACGGGGAGCCGCGUUCGGUGUCCCGCAGCGGCCUAUGAUGGAAAAGAAGAUGAAAACGAGUUUACAUGUGCGACUGAAACGUGAUGCUGUGACCAGAAGUUGAUGUAACCCUGUAAAUGACUACACUUAAAUAAAAAAAGAGAAGUUCCGUUUUGACAAAAUCACUGACAAUUGCCGAAAUUAUUCAUUAGCGUGACAGACCAACAGAUAGGUAUGUUUCUUCAAAUACACUUUAUUGCAGUUAAAAAGUAUUCGUCCAUGACUUUUUCCUCUUUUUUUUACCACGAUAUUGUUUUAUUUUUGUUCUUAUUUAUUUAUUGGCAUGCCAAUGAAUGUAA